CUUGAUAAAAUGCUGUCAGAACAGCAACAAGCUUAAUUUAAGAGUAAUAUAAAAAAAAAUAUAUACAACACUAAAAUUAAUGCUCAACAAUAUUUAAUUAGAAAGAGUUCUUCAAAAAAGAGCUUAGCAAUCUUUAAAAUUCAAGUUAAUAGGGUAUUUUUAAGUCAACCCACUUUUUCAGUUGACUGCUUUUUUCACGCAAAUUGGCAGCUCCGUUUGCGAUUGUAAACAUUUAGACUGCAGAUCGCUUUUGGCAAGAUAAUGCCGCCAUAUCAGCGGUGCGGCGAAAUCGUAUGGAAGUGGAAGAGGCAGGCGCGCACCCUUGCCUUCCAGUGCAUCUUUUGCCAGGACAGCAGGACGACCACAUUAAAGGAUUUCAAGUUGCACCUGGAUACGCAGCAUCCGGAAUUCUUCCCCAAAGAGAAGCCGAAGCAGAAGCCGCAGCAGGAGCAGGGGCAGGAGAAGGAGAAGGAGGUGGACAAAAAUCCCCUUUUGGAACAAAGGACAAUUCGUGGCAGAGAUGAGGAGCCAGUGACCUCGGCCAAGGAAGAGGAUCCCUUGGCAACACAGAUCAUAGAGCAGAUUAAAACGGAGGAGUCUUCGCAAGAAGAGUUUCUGUCGGCUACAGACUCGGAAUCGCAAGGAGACCAGGAGGAGGACACCCUGCUGGAAUGGCCCGAAAGCGAUGGCCAGGCGCAAACUGCCACCAAAAUCACAGACUUGUCGCCAUUUUGGAUGCUGGAGCACCCCAUCAUGCUGGCCUUCAUCAACCAGCUGGAGCAGAAGCCAGAGCUGUGGGACGUGGACAUGGUGAGUUACCGGAAAUCUUGGCGACGCAACAAGGCCUACGCGAAGAUCGCCAAUGGACUUAAUGACCAAUUUGAACUGAAACUGACGGCCCAGGAAAUAAUUUCGUACGUCAAUCAGUUGAAAGAUGCGUAUGCGUGGGAGAAAAAACGUCUGGAGCAGUUUACGGAGCCAACAGCUUCCCCAAAGUGGUACUACGAGCGGCUUCACUUCCUGGCUAAGAGCCUGCGGCAAGAUCGGUAUGCCGAGGCGCUGACCGUGCCCUUCCUGAAUCAUGCCCAGAACCUGCAGCUCAUCGAGCUAUAUCGGCAGUGCAGCGCCUGUUGGGACAAGCAGGACAUCUCCUGCCGACUCCGUCGUGUGCGUCAGGCGGCCGAGGAUCGGCUGCUGGAGCUAAGCCGCUCUGAACUGGAGAUUCCGCUCGAGCCAUCGCAGUUGCAGAAUUUCAUUCGGCGCCUGAGGUCCACUUACCACAAGGAAAAAGCGCGCCAACUGAAGUGCGAACGGGAGGGCAAGGAGUUCUGCCCCCGAUCGCGCUACUACGAGAAAUUGCAGUUCUUGGAGCAGCACAUGGCGCCCUUGCAGUGCGACGUGUGCCAGAUGGUGAUGAACAGUGUGGACGGCUACAGGAUCCAUCGGGCCAAUCACGAUUACAGCCAGCCCUUUGCGUGUCCAACCUGCGGCAAGGGCUUUUAUAACAUCGCCAGUUGCAAAAGUCACUUGCGCAGGCACACUAAGGAAUACCGUGUGAGCUGUGAGUAUUGCGGCAAGCGGUUCGUUCACAAAUCGGAUCUGAAAAUCCAUCGGCGCUCGCAUACCGGCGAACGACCCUAUAGUUGUCACAUCUGCGGCGUCCGCUUCAGCACCACCACCAUUUUGAAGGGCCACCAGCGGCGGCACGAACAGCGGCCGGUGGCCAAGUGCCACAUCUGCGGCAAGGGCUUCUUCGAGCGCAGCGCACUGCGGGACCACAUCAACGGGCAUCUGAACGUGCGCGAUAAGGAGUGCGAUGUGUGCCACAAGCUGUUCACCAGCGCCAGGUACCUAAGGCGGCACAAGGACAUCCACGCCGAGCACAAGCAGUAUCAGUGCAAGAUCUGCGGCAAGGCAUUCGCCCAGUACGAACCAAUGAGGGCACACAGGAAGGCGCACGACCGAAAGAGAACUAAGGAGCAGGCGGAGCAGGACCCUCAAUAAAUAGCCAGCGUUUGAGAAGUGCUGCGGCUGAUAAGUGGUGAUGGGAAGUAGGUACUUGUACUUGAGUUCAUAUCUAGGCACUACUAUUCUGUUUGUUUUUCUUAUCGGGGCCCAGUCUCACUAAUGCCCAGCUCCAGUCAUUUGGCUUAAGUUCUACGAAUAAUGUAUUGAAUUCAACCUUUAAAACGUAUAUAAAUUUCUUUAAAAAAUUAAAUAUAACCAUGAACAAUAUUUAAAUACUUUAGUAUAAAUACUAUACUAUAGAGAUUUAUUUUCAUCACUUUUUGCUUUACUGAAGUAGAGUAUAAAUGCUCAAAUAUAAAAAUCUUCUUACCCUGCCCAAGUUUUAAUU